AUGACGACAGAUGAGUUAACAGCAAACACAUGCUCACAUUGUCAGAAAUCAGCGACAUUCAUGUGCUCUUCUUGUGGACAGGACGGGCCGAGAUAUUGCUCCAUCGAGUGUCAAACAGAUCAUUGGAAGGAAAAUCACUAUCGAGUAUGCAAAGCAGCAAGACGAAAUAGACAGAGGCAUGCGGAAGCGAUAGCUGCUGCUGAAGCAGACACUACGAAUAUCAAUGCAUCAAGUGAUAUACCCAUGAAUGAUCUCUCACCAAAUCAAGAUCAGGAAAAGCUAGAUGACGAAGAGGAUGCUGCCGAUGAGCUUCGAUUUUAUACCCUUCAAAUUUAUCGUAUCAUCAAACCGGUCGUUGCUUGUAUCAUCCUCAGUAUAUUUUGGGUCAAAGUGUCGUAUUCAGGAUCAAGUGAUUACAGCCCUACUCGGCCCAAUUAUGUCAAUUUGGCACCUUCAACACCAUCCUCCAGCUCAGACGGGUCCACGAGUAGCGGCCCAUCUAUUGCCAAUUCAUUCACCAAUGCAGCGAUCAUCAUAGGGCAGAUCAUUGGUGUGACUAUAUUGAUUGUAUUUCUAUUCAAAAAGGGAUGGAUCAAAGUACUGAUUGGAUUUUUCAUGGUGAUUGUAUUGCUGCUACUGGGAUUCAUGACCUAUCUACUGCUACUGAAUUUGAUCCAAGUGUUCUUGAUUGCAUUGGAUUAUAUCACCUUGGUAUUCGCACUAUGGAAUUUUGCAGUUGUAGGAUUGGUUUCAAUCUUCUGGAGAGGACCCUUGUGGCUGCAACAAUCGUAUCUCACCAUCAUGAGUUCACUGAUGGCAUUUUCGCUGACUGGAUUGGAACAGUGGACUACGUGGAUUUUGUUGGGACUCCUGGCUAUUUGGGAUCUUAUAGCGGUGUUGUGUCCGUUUGGGCCACUUCGUUUGUUAAUUGAAAGUUCGAGAAAUCAGCAAAGGGAAGUGCCUGCAUUGUUAUAUUCGGUAAAUGCGGUGUGGUUCAUGAUGGCCUCGAACGAUCAUUUUCGACUAUCAAACAGCAUGCUGGGUACCAUCACUCCUGCCGAGUCUACUACCACCACGCAUGAAACUGUUUCAUCAUCCAGCAAUAACAACAGAUUAUCUGUACAGCAUCAUUCACCUUCGUCUUUUAUACAGCACAAUUUCAGAAAGAGUCAUGACGGAUUUAUGCGAUUACCUGAUGAUAGCCAUGUUACCAUAGAUAGUCACAGUGGGAACAGUAAUCCAUUUGCAACACAAACAACUUUAAAUGUGCCAGCAGAGAGCGCGAAUCGACCAAGCACCCCACGACAGGAAGAGACUGCAAGAAAGCCAGCAGAGCCUGAGAAUGAUGAAGAAGAUGCCGAGAGAAGUGGCCUCAAACUUGGAUUAGGUGAUUUCGUGUUCUACAGUGUUUUGAUUGCAAGAGCGGCCACGUAUGACUGGAUCACUACCGUUUGUUGUACUAUUGCCGUUUUGACAGGUCUAACAGCAACCAUCUUUUUGCUGGCUAUUUACAAAAAGGCAUUGCCUGCUCUGCCUAUCUCCAUCGCAUUUGGCAUGCUGUUCUACUUUGUAGCAAAAACUGUGCUUGUGCCCUAUGUCGGAGCACUGUGCGUGUUUGGCAUGGUUGGAUUGUAA